AUAGUUGGGAAGAGCUCGUGCCCUAAUUUCGUUGCUUUCCUUAAUUAGAACCCGUAAAAUCAAGAGCACACCGAAGCAGUGCAAGUUUGUGUGGCGGGAAUUUAAAAUAAAGUUUUCUUCAGAAUUCAGAAUUCAGAAUUCAGAAUUCACAAUAAAACGCGCGUUUCUCUUAAGUAGCCGAAGGACUAAGGAGGAAGCAGAAUGGGAUCGAAAGUUGUUCCACAAUGGGCAUCGAAGCCUUGCGCCAUGGGAAUCGACGAAGCCGGAAGAGGCCCCGUUUUAGGGCCUAUGGUCUAUGGUUGCUUAUACUGUGCUCAGUCCUACCUUAAGACCCUAGCUACAUUGAGUUUUGCAGAUUCCAAGACACUAAAAGAAGAGAAGAGGGAAGAAUUGUUUGAAACCUUAAAAACCAAUGAUUCUAUUGGAUGGGAUGUUGAUGUCAUUGACCCACGAGAACUCUCCGCUAAAAUGCUUAAGAAGAAUAAGAUAAACUUGAACGAGAUUUCACACAACUCGGCCAUGGGCCUCAUUGAUAGGGUACUGAAAAUGGGAGUGCUUCUAACUGAGGUUUAUAUAGAUACAGUUGGAGAUGCAGGGAAAUAUGAAGUGAAGCUGUCUAAUGCUUAUCCCUCUAUCAAAUUUGUGGUUGCAAAGAAGGCUGAUAGUCUUUACCCGGUUGUCAGUGGAGCAAGCAUAGUUGCUAAGGUCACAAGGGACCGUGCUUUGAGAGAAUGGGUGCUUGAUGAGACUGCUGAAAACAUGCAGAGGAAUUUUGGCUCUGGUUAUCCCGGAGAUCCACAAACAAAGUCUUGGCUAGAGAAUCACAAACAUCAUAUCUUUGGAUUUCCCACAUUGGUCCGAUUUAGUUGGGGAACCUGCAACACUUAUUUUAAAGAUAUUGUUGAAGUGUUAUGGGAAUCUGACAAUUUGGAUGAAGAUGGUGGUAGCAGUAAUAGUAAUGGCAAGCGACAGUUGAAAUUAAGCAAUGUUGGUUUCACCACAUCCAAGAAGAGAAGUGAAGAAAUAGAAUCAAGUGGUAAAGGACGUUGUAGGUUUUUUCAGGCUCGGAAACUAGAGCACCUCACUCAUUUCUAGAAGUGAUGCUCAACUUUGAAUCUGAACGUGGCGGGGGGGUGGGGGAUACCAGUUCUCCCCAACAGGCCUGCAUGCUUCAUCCCUAAGUUUAAAAUCUUGAGUUUUCAAGGAAGUGAAAACAGUGAUUCUGAUUGAAUAAAUUUUUUUUGUUUGGUCUUUGGACGUCUCACUGAAAUCACCAUAAACAACGAGCGCUGAGUACCCAGUCUGAAACGGUUAAGCUCAAGUUGCCAACAAUGUUUAUGAUUAUGGAAAAUGAUAAUAUAUUUUGAAUAAGCUAUGUUGCAGAACAUUGAUUUUGGUUUUAUGCGUGCAUCCUGUUAUUAAAAUCAGCUCAUUUAUUCUUUUGCUUUGUUUAUUGUCACUCCAACCAAAAGUAGUACCUGGCAAAAAGCAAAUUGAUAGUGUUACAUUUGAAAAGAGAUUAUUUUAGUCAUGAAUCAUUUUUUCAAGAGGAGGGACAUUCAAGGGAGGCUUUGUAUCAUUGGUUGUACCAUUUAUGCAUUUCAGACUUGCAAUUGCAGAUAGACAUGUUAGACGAGUCAACUUAGCCGCUUCUGCCCACGUUGCAUCUGUAAACUUCUCUUUGUAGUACAGAUUCUCUGAAGUUUAUGGACUUUACACGUGUUUAAUAG